AGUCAGCUCAGGGCUCACACGUGGGAAGGUAGGGGCGAAAGUGGCGUAGAGAAACAUGUCGAAAAACAAAGUGAACGGCGCUUCUACAGCGGGACAAGUAGCGGACGACAACCAGGACCCACUCCGCAUGACCACGCGGACACGCAGCGGCCGCAUGGUGCGUCGCCCAUCCGGACUCCAGAACUGUGAGGUCCCGGCGAGGACUCCUGUCAGGCGGAGCAGAAGGUCCAUCAUACCGGAGCAAAGUGAACCGGAGCAACAAGCGCCGGAGCCGGUGGAAGACAAUUCCGCAGUGAGUGUCGGCCAGGAGACGGUGAAGGAGAAGUCCGGAGUGAGUGUCGAGCAGAGUGAACCGGAGCAACAAGCGCCGAAGCCGGUCGAAGAGAAUCCCGCAGUGAGUGUCGGCCAGGAGACGGUGGAGGAGAAGCCUGCAGUGUGUGUUAAACCGGGGACUGUUGCGGAUAAGCCCGCCAUAUGUGUCGCACCGGAGCCGGAGGGGCCUCGCUCAGACCCCGCAGUAGAGGUGGACAAAGCCGGUCAAGUGUCCAAGCCUGCCCCUGUAGAAAGACCACCAGCGAUCCCAGAGACGGAGUCUCAUCCUCCCAAGAAGAAGCGCCGUCUGAGAAAUAGUGUCAAAGCGACUGUUGCUAUUCCUCUGGGGAAGCCAAAAUCAGGACGAGUGUGGAAGGACCGCAACAAGCAGAGACAAAAAAAAAACACUAACAACAAAGCAUUUGUGCUCCACCUUAUUCACUCCCCAUGCGCUCCGCCGCCUCCACAGGAGAAGCGGAAACGGCGAGAAGACAACUUGAAGCGGCGCGAGGAGAACGAACGCAAAGCGGAGGUUGUGCAAGUGAUCCGAAACACGGCAAAGCUCAAGAGGAUGAAGAAGAAGCAAUUGAGGAAGAUCGAGAAGCGCGACACGCUUGCGCUACUGCAAAAGUCCAACAACAACAACGACCAGAAGAAGAACGAGAACCAGAACAACAAUUACAAAGCCAAGCGAGCAAAGAAAAGCAAGAGUGAAAAGUUGACUUAAGACGUCUUUGUCACCAGGUUGUUUCUCUUCACAGAAGAUUUACGAAUAACAAGAGCUUCUAAGCUUUCCUCCGAGCAGUGGGAAGCAAGACGUUUCAAAUAUUCUGCACGGAUCAUGCAAUUGUUGCCGUACAGGUCCCUCAAGUUUGGUUUCAGCCUGUGAUUUUUUUUUUUUU